CCACAAACUGGCAAUGUUGAGGAAAACUAUUUAAGACGGGUGAACACUCUAAUGCUACAGACCGAGUAAAGUCAGCGUAAGCAACAACUGCUGAAACGAGAAAAAAACAGAAGAAAGGAAAAAGUACCCUCCUGUUCACAAUGGUGCAUAAAACGACUAAAUGUGGAGUCCACUCGGGAAAUACCCUACGUGCGUCACACAGCAAAUACACAAAGACCUUCAGAAAGCAGUCAUGCCUUGUCCGUAAGAUUAAGAAUUCUGCCAAUCUUCGCCUCCUGCAGGAUUUUGGCAUCGCAACAGACGAUGUGGCUUACUCCCUCAGCAAGAAAGGUCGCUGGGUUUUACCUACAGUUCUCAAGGAACUCAUCCUCUUCGGGGGAUUUAGUGACGAUGACCCUAAUGUCCAACUCACCGAAAAACACAAGCUAAAAAAGACCGCCAACUGCCUGGGAUUCUACGCCUCCAAGGGACCAAUCAAAAAGGCCGUGCCAUCUAAAAAGCGAUAUUUCAAUGUUUCAAGUUUGAAGAAAAUGUCAUCUUCACCCAGUGAGAAGAAAGAGGAAGUGGUUGAUGGGGAAGAAGUUGAUGAACAUUUAGAACCAGAAAUACAAGUGGAGGUAUACCACCCAACUCCAAUCUCAAGUUCCAUCACACACAACAAGAAAUACAUCAAGCCAUUUCACUGUAGUGAUGAACAAGUCAGCACAAAAAGCCGAAAACCAAGACGACAUCGCACACAAAUCAAAUUUGAUCUUGAAUGCAUAGAAGAUGACUACAAAGAUGACAUCUGGGAGGAGGAGGAGGAGGAGGAGGAGGAGGAAGAAGUGGAAGGUUACAAUGAAUAUCUUUUCCAAGCUGAGUUUCAGAGACCACAGAGUUUCUUUACAGCAGCCGAUCUGUUGAAAUCAGCAACGAAAACAAGACAAAUAUUCAACAAUUCCAACAAAACGCACCGCAAACACAACAACGAUGAAAUGAAACCAAAAGCCAAAAUUGUAAAUUUGCAUGAGGAAGAUCUCAAUUCUAACUCAGAUCACCAGGAAAAAACAACAAAAGUCUCAACAAAUUCUAAACCACUUGGAUUUGAGCAAAUAAUGGUUCCUAGAAAAAUUGUCUUGCCUACCGCAGAGACACAACCAGAAUUUUUGAAAUUCAUAUAUGGUGACAAGUAUUUGGAGUGCAAUACAUUUCCUCGCACGUUUGUGAUUAACAUUACGGACGAAGUGAAAGCUAUGAUGAAACGGGAUACAAGAAUGAUGCAUAAAACUCCAUGGCUGGACUUAACUACGAUCCUGAUAUUUACUUAUGAUAUUUACACUGCUCCGUUAGACGGGGAAGAUGUCUUCGAUGUUUACCUCAAUGUUAAUAUCCACGAAGAGAGAUUAGAACUAUCUACACUCUUUGAUUACUACGCUGGAUCACUAGAAUCCGUUAUUGGCCAAGCCGUAUCUCACAUAAAAUCGUACGGAGUAACCCAGUUUGCUCGACUCAAACACUACCCAAAAGGGAAGAGUGAAAUGGAGUUCAAUACUUUAAAGACAUGUCAAUUCCAAGGUAGAACGUUAACUCCAACGGAAGAAGGAAUUUUAGAAGACGCUAUAUUGAGUCGCAACGAACGAAAUAGAUUUGAGCAAGUUUCCGGUUUUGGAUUUGAACCUCUCCUACCUGAGGUCUGCCAUAUUUGUUUGGACGCGAUAAACGAAAACAGAUCCGGGAUUGCGAUGAAAAGUUGCGGUCACUGGUUUUGUAGAGAAUGCUGGAGAGAACAUCUACUGCACCAAAAUUUCUCUAGGCUUCUUUGUCCCGAAUUCAAAUGUGGAAAUGAUGUGGAUUUCACCUUGGUUUUACAAGUAUUGAACAUUACUGAUGUCCGGAAAUACUUGAUUCGUAGAAAAGAAACUUUAACACAGGGUCAGUGCAAAUAUUGUCCAAACGAAAAAUGUGGUCGCUUAUUUUCAACGUCUUUAUCAUCGAAGACGUCAACCAACGUUGUCUGUGAAUGUGGAUCAAAGUUUUGUCCAAAAUGUUUAAAGUUUCCUCAUUGGCCUGUCUCAUGUGAAAUAUCGCAAAAAUAUUGGAGCUUUCUGAAAGGAAAAGGAAUUGAAAUAGAUUUCGAUUAUGAAGAUUUUUUGUCCACUGAGCUGCAGGUGUAUGGAAAACACUGCCCGAAUUGCAAUCAAUUCAUAGAGAAAGGGGACGGUUGUUACAAAAUAGUGUGUGUUUGCGGUAUUCGCUUCUGCUGGGGAUGUCGGGGAAUUUAUAGAGUAAAUCAUUACGAAAACGACAACUGUCAGCGGUCGGAACACGGUGACCUGUACAAAACUGCUAGAAAAAGCCUCCCUGCAGACCCUCUUCUUACGAUGAGAAUUAAAGAAGAGCCUGUUCUCAUCCAAACUGCUAUCAAACAGCGCGCAGAGAGAGCAAACUCCCGAACAAUCAUGAUGAAAAGAAAAACUCAUUUCUGGUGCCAGAAAAUUCGUACUCUCGGACGGAAAUCGUCAGCCAAAAUAGCCGAUUUACUGGCAGGAUACGAAUCAAAUGGAAAGAGCAUGUUGUACAAAUUAGAAAAUAUCUUACAAAACACAAUUAAACUCUAUUUGGAGUUGCGCUACCUUACCGAAUAUACUGCUGUCUUUGCACAGCAGCAAAUUCCGCGAUCACGGAAACGCUUGAACGAUGUACUUAAAUGCAUGGAUCAUUUAGCUUCACAGAUUUACGCUGAAUUUGAAAGAGAUAUCAGUUCAGAUCUACCGUCUCUUGUAGAAAGUUUGUUUAAUAUCAAGGACCGCAGCAUGUGCACUGUAUCUGGACUUGUAAAAAUCGUCAAUGAAAUGGAUUCAGAUUAAUCUUGUUAUUAAAGACCCAUUGCUAGAAAUGCUAAAAAUAUCAAAUUGUAUGAAUUGUGUAUAGAAGUAAAAACAUUAAAUUCGGUGUAGUAUCUUCA